UGCCUCGACACUCUCUCACAGCCAUCAGCCAUGGGCAGGUCUCCUUGUUGCGAGCAGGCUCACACCAACAAAGGAGCUUGGACCAAGGAAGAGGACGACAGGCUCAUCGCCUACAUCAAAGCUCAUGGCGAAGGCUGCUGGAGAUCUCUCCCCAAAGCUGCAGGCCUUUUGCGAUGCGGAAAGAGCUGCCGGCUCCGGUGGAUGAACUACCUCCGACCCGACCUCAAGCACGGCAACUUCACCAGCGAAGAGGACGAGAUCAUCAUCAACCUCCAUGCCUUGCUCGGAAACAAAUGGUCGGUGAUGGCAGCUAGGCUACCGGGGAGGACUGACAACGAGAUCAAGAACCACUGGAACACCCACGUUAAACGCAAGCUCAUCGGCCUCGGGCUCGACCCCAAGACGCACCGCCCCUUCAAGACCACCACCACAGUUUCACCGGCGGUGGCAGCGCACGAUAUUGCCGCUGCUUCGUCCAACGACAUCGAGGAGGGGCAGAGCAGCAUGACCUCCGGCGAGGUUGGAAACCUCGACCUCGACCUAGACCUCACCAUCAGCCUUCGCCUUCCUUCUUCGCCGGAGGAGGCCAUCCCAUCUCUGCCCGAUCGUGAUGCCGCCGCCGCCGCCGCCGCCUCGUCUCCGGUGACCAUCUGCUUCUGCUACCACCUGGGAUUUCGCAGCGGGGAGGCUUGCAGCUGCCGUCCGAGCUCCAGCACGCAUUCCCUCGGCUUCUACACUCGCCUGGAAGAAGGGCGAACUUAACCAUGAUUGAUAGUUUUUUUUUUUUCCUCUGGUUAAUGAGAUUGCAGAGAUCAGCUUCAUGUAACCAUGGACGUAGACCUGUCCACUGCGUUACUUACGCAGCAGAGAACUGUAGAAACAGAGUCGAUGGCCACUGUGUUCUGUUCUAAACUUCUACGUACUUGAUUCCUCAUCUAUUAAUCAUUUGUGAACUUUGGGAGUUACACAAAAAUUAUAACUCUCUGAUUAUAAUUUUCAGAUCCAUUCACUUUAA